UUUACGUUUGGUUCACAAUCUCUUAGUUCAAUAUCUGUAUGAGAAAAAUUAAAUGUUUUUUUUUUAACUCGUUUAAACAUGGAUAAUGUGGAAAAUAUUUGCCGUAUUUGUUUGACUGGAGGAACGACGGGUGUGGAUUGCUUGCUGAUUAGUAUUUUUCGACUGGAUGAGUCUCCGGAUCACGAUUUUUCAAUAGUCACUGCAAUGCAAGUAAUUUGUGAUUUAGAGGUAUCAGAAGAUGACAACUUUCCGAAACAAAUUUGUAUGGUGUGCUAUUCGCGACUCGUAGACGCGUACGGGUUGCGCGAUCUAUCCCAAAAAUCUAUGGAAACUCUCUCCGCUAUAAUGAACAAAGCGACCAUGAACGAAAUGUGCAAUGCAGAGCAAGACGAGGAAAACAUAUAUGAUGUCGAGUAUCUGGAAGAAGAGCAAGAAACGAUUGCUCCAGAGCUUGUAGAUUUGAAAUUCGAGCGCCAAGAUGACUUAGAGAUUUCUGUUGAACAACGAGCUGUCGAAAACGUGGCAAUGGCUAGCGAUGAAAUAAUUUAUUCCUGUUGCGGAUGUUCAAAAUCAUAUGGGACUGAAAUUGAGCUGAGGAAACAUUCAAUUCAAGUACACCGCUCCAAAACAAAAGUAGAAGCAUCAGUUAAUAAAAACCAUUGUAACAUAUGCUUCAAGCUGUUCCGGAGCGUUUACAAACUGAAGGCUCAUAGGAAUGGUAAAAAUAGCUUACAACCACUGAAAAAAUGUGAAUUUUGUGGAUGCAAUUUUUACUCUUCAAGUGGUCUAUCCAACCAUUGCAAAUUAUUCCAUACUGAGCAGUUAUUUAAAUGCUGUGGGUGUACGUUUAGUUCGUUAGAUAAACGCAAAUUUCUGCAGCACUCGGAUAGUCACCAAAUGAAAAAAGAUUCGGGCGAGCAAUUGAAACGCUAUGAAUGUUCGGUUUGCUAUGAACGUUUCGAAACAUUGUCUGAAAAAAGAACUCAUCAGCGAUUUCCAUAUCGUAAGCGAAGAGCAAAAGAGUCGGAGGAAGAGAUAACCAUGACGGUGCUGAGAUGCUGCGGAUGCCCAAAGGUUUUCAAAACAAUCCCGGAACUACGGAGCCACCAAAAUGAGCUGCACUUUCCACAGAGAGUACAGAGCUCUAACGAGGAGUUAUCAAUCGAGUGUGGUGGAUGCUACAAGUUAUUUAAAAACACCGCUCUCCUCAAUAAGCACCUUCGUCGAGCGGCGGACAAGAAACUGUACGCAUGUAGUAAGUGUACCGUUGCUCGUCGCUCUUUGAAAGAUUUGAUCGAGCAUGAGGCCACUCACAAAGGGGGAGGAGCUUUUGUCUGCUGUGGCUGCCGCAGAGGCUUCGAGACACAAGAUGCUUUGGAGCACCACUCGUUGGAAGAGCAUUCUAAAAGGCCGAAAAUUUACCAUAAUGACGAAUCCGAUACCAUAAGGCCUUUCGAGUGUAAAAUUUGCUAUCGAAAAUACAAAUCAGCCAGAGAUCUCCGCGGCCAUCAGCGGUUUGUGUAUUACGAUAAGAUUCACACUUGCGAUACAUGUGGCAAAGGAUUCUCUCAGGAAAGUAGCCUAUCCGUGCACAUGGCAAGACACAAAAAGGAGGCCAAGUUUCCAUGCCCUAUUUGUGGCAAGAAGUAUAAACACGAAAUCAUUGUACGUAAUUGUAUUACACGUCAUGAGCGGCCGAAGGAGCACAAGUGCAAAAUAUGUAACGUCAUCUUUCCGGCCGCAUCAAAUCUCUAUUCCCAUAUGGUUUCUCACUCAGCAGAUCGACGCUACAAAUGUGACGUUUGUGGACAGAUGUUCAAACGAAGCUUCCAUCUCCGAAAACAUAAAAUCACUCAUACAAGUGAAAAGAAUUAUCCUUGUGAACAGUGUUCCGCCCGGUUCUGCUCCACUACAGAGCUGUACAAACAUCAAAUUCGCCAUACUGGAAUUUAUCCGUAUGAAUGCAGCAUUUGCAGCAAGAAAGUAACAACACGCCAGGUGUACAUAAAACACUAUGAGAGCCACAUUGAUGAAAAAGACAAGAUAUUCACUUGUGACGUUUGUCCGACACAAUUCAGUCAAGAACAUUUCUUAUCCAAUCACAUUAAGUACACGCACCGGAUCGAACCACAGGAUAAGCACUGGAAUGAUAAAUUUAAUCGUCAAGGACCGAGCAGAAUGAAGGGAGGUCCGCGGAUGGCUGGACUAAAGUUAAGUGAUUCUAUUGACACCAGUAGGUGUGAGGCGAAGAUCGCGGAAACGGACAAUGGUGAUCCUCUCUUGCUCUUGGAGAGAGUGGACGAGGAAGUUGUACUGACGAACGAGUGAACAUUGAGAAAUGUGUAUGUUGUAAUAAAGGAAAUCAUUUAGUUUUGCUAUUUUAAAAAGUGAUUCUAUUUUUAAAGAAAAUAACUAAAACAAGCGUAAAGAAGGUAGUUUAUAGGGUAGACGAGCCUAUUCAACUCAUUAGGCAGGAUGUCACACUACUUCGUUGAUAACGCGACUUAGAGUGACUGGAUUGUGCUUAAAUAGGUAUCAUCGUUUUUGCUUCGUUCCUAAGAAGCAGCACAGUAAAAAAUUUUGCCUAGAAAAUGUAAAAUGCUCGCGUUUGAGCGAAGUGAAAAAUCGAGUACAACGUUCAUCCUACCAUUUGAGCUAAUGCGGUGAAUAGAGAUAGCAGACACUGCUCUAACUAAUAUAUUCAAAUGUGUGGGAUGAAUAGAGGAGCUAUGAUGAAUUAGGGCACAGUAACCCUAAUGGUAGUUUUAUGAUAUAGAUAAGAAAAAUUGUAGGAAUACUCAGUAUUUUGAUGUUCCGCAAAAACUAUUUUCAUGUAUCGUGUUCUUUUGCGUGAUAAUUGUAAAAAUCUAAUUAGUUUAUUUUGACGCAUGCUGAAAUUUUGCAGCGUGAAAUUUGUCGUAACAAUUUCAAAAAAUUGCUAUAAACUUGAGCUUUGUGAAAUUGUUUAUAAAAAGUGAUGUACCGCUGGGAAAAAAUCCAUCUCCCCGUGCUUUUAUCUUUGGUUUUGACCGAAUUUGUCCCAAAUCAUUAAAUGAUUUAAUCAAUAAACGUUUCACCCAACCAGAA